AUGCUUCCUUCAGCUGCAGUGUAUCGUUUCACCUGGGAAGUUGCUUCUGGUGCAGUACAAGAAGGAGAUUCUUUGAGGACUUUUGGAAAACUUGUCCGAUAUGAACCAGAGGGCUCCAUGGCCACGCUGUCAGCGCAACACUCUGCAAAGGACCACUUUGUUUUUGUGCAUACAUUGUUUGUUGAACCAUUUGACGCUAUCAUUGGUGCCCACUACAUGGUUCUUGGAGAGUUAGAACACGUGGAAGGUGUGGGGCCAGUGGUCCGUGCUCGUGUGUUCAACUGCAUUGAUGGAGCAAAUGUUGCUCUUCUCCAGAGAGCAGUCACUGAUCACAGAAGGUUUUUAGAGACUACACAAUGUUCACCCACUGACAGUCCUGGAAGUGUCAAGAUUAACUGA